AUGAGUUACUACAAUAAUGAAGAUGCAUUAGAUGGAACGAUUUUAAAAUUACCACUAUCAUUUAUAGAUAAAGAGACGUCAAAAGAAUUUUUAUCAUCAAAGAUAUGGCUUUACGUUUCUAAAGCUGAUACGAAUUUUGAUGAAGAGAAUACUGAAAUAUCAAAGACUGGUGAUUUGAACUUUACGUAUAUUUCAUUAAUUGCAAUUUGGCCAGAGGGGUAUUAUGAUACUGUAAUUACGUCAAGUAAUAUUUAUAAGAUAUUUGGUUCAAAUGCUUAUGAUUUAUUUCCAAGAGAAGAAACUUUUGACGUUUUUACUAAUUUGUUUCCCUUGGAUUUUGAAAAUUUAGUAGAAAGUAGAGAAAAAGAUGGGAUUCAUAAACAAUUUACAGUUAGUGCAAGAUUUGAAUUAUCACAAUAUAAAUAUGAAUUUGAACCAGAUGUAGAACUAAAAGGUAAACCAUUACAAAUUGUUAUUAAACAAGAUACUACAUGGGCCCCCAAGAUUGGUCAAUUUGAAAUGGAACCUGUAGAUUUUGAUGGUAAAGAAGAGUAUAAAUAUGUUAGUGAUAUGUUCAACUGGAUUGAUUUAUAUAACAAACAAAAUGAAUCAUUACUCAAUUCCUAUAUGAAGAGUAAAAAGAAAGUAGAUGAACUUGAGGAAGAAAAUUUUAUAUUAAAAGAUACUGUCAAUAAACAAAAAAAAGACUAUAAUUUAAUUAUAGAAGAUUUAGAAAAUAAAUUUUAUCAAGUAUUAGAUGCUAAAAAGAGUAAAAUUUUUGAUUUACUUGAACAAGAUUUACCAAAAAAAGAAUUAAUUGGAUUAAAUUCAACUUACAUGGAAAAAAAUGGGAAAUUGAAAAAUAUAGAUUUUAAUAAUAUACCAAAUAUAGAAUUUUCCAAUAGAAAAAGAUCCAAAAAUGAAAAUGGUACAACAAAGAAAAGAAAAUUAGGUACUGGUAAAAGAAAAAUCAAAAAAGAAGAAGAAGAAACAAGUGAAGAUGAAAGUGAAGAUCAAUUUGCAGGUUUUGGUGGUUCAGUAAAAGUUAAAAAAGAAUCACAACCACUAUAUAAAUCAAAACUACCAAACUCUCCAGAAUUAAAAGAUGAUUCAUUUUCUUCAAAUCGUAUAAAAAGAGAUCCAGAUUCAAUGUCAAAACCAUUCAACCCUAAAGAAUAUGAACCUUUUACAAAUGAAUCACCUGAAAUCAAAGAUAGUAGUUUUUCACAAUCACAAUCUUUUAAAAAAUCAUUUGAAGCAAGAAGUGAUAAAGAUGUUAUAAAACAAGCAUUGAGUGAAGAAGAUGAAGACGAAAAAGAUGGGAAUAAUCAUAGUGAUGAUGAUGAUGCUACUCAAUAUAGUACAUCAGGAGAUGAAAUGGAAUUAAAUUUGGAUUUAUCAAAUAACGAAGAAAAUGAACCCAAAAGUAUUCAUGAACCAACCAAAGAUCAACAAGAUACUCAAGAAGAUGUAGUAGCGGAUAGUCAAUCCGAAUCAAAUAACAAAGAUGAUAAAAAUUCUACUACUCAAAGUUUCAAAGAUCAAAAUGAUAUUAAUCAAAGUCAAAAUAACAACAGUCAAAAAAAUAAUAAAAGUCAAAAUGCAGUUAGUCAAGCAGAUGUAGAAACAGAUUAUAGUGAUUCUGAUGAUGACUGA